CCUCUGUCAUGCUGGUUGGCAAAUACCGCAAUACGGUGUAGAAGAAAAAGACUUCAAGAUGGCCGCGGUGGAUGUUGAGCUGAAGAAGGCAUUCACGGAGCUUCAGGUGAAGAUGAUUGACACGCAGCAGAAGGUGAAGCUGGCUGACCUGCAGAUCGACCAGCUGGCUCGUGUCCAGAAACUCGCCAAGCUGACGCAUGCAGAGAUAACCAAGCUGCCAGACAACACGCGCAUGUAUGAGGGCGUCGGACGCAUGUUCAUCCUGCAGUCCAAAGAGGAAAUUGACAACCAGAUGAUGGACAAACAGAGGACAGCAGAUGAGAAGAUCAAAGAGCUUGAGCAGAAGAAGUUGUACCUCGAACGCAGCGUGAAAGAUGCUGAAGACAACAUCCGAGAGAUGCUGCUCAGCCGGAGGACACAGUGAUGCACAGAUGGACACACUGAGACAGAUACAGAGACAGAUGGACAGAGACAUGCAGCACAUUUUUGUUGGAUG